AUGUCUUAUGGAUCCGUGGCUACUGCAGUGACUGCGAGAGUUCGAGCGACUUUUGAGAUGUUGGCUCCAGACAGUCUGAUGAUAUAUCAAGCUGCUGGAAAGUUGGCAAUAACUUUUGCAGAGGAUCGCUCCGGCCCCGAAUCAUCAACAGAUAUCCUCGCUGCCUCCCUCCAAAGAGGGUGUUCAGCGGUGCCAAACACACGCAUCCACCUCGAAUUCCAAGACAUGUCGGCGCAGCAGAUCCCUAAUCUUCUUACCCUACGAGGCGGACCGCGGUCUCGUGGCGGAAGAGCGCGUGGGCGUGGACGGGGCGGUCCUCACAGCGGAAAUCCUGAGCUCCAAGCACAACUCCAAAAGGAUCGAGAUGUUCAGUCAACGGAUACUGACGCAGCAGUAUCCCGACUCAGCGCUGUCGACCUUGGCUACCUCCAUGAUCCAUUUGCCUCCUUGUUUGUCAAUGGUCCGGGGACACGUAGACUGCCCAUCAUUAACCGUGGCACAUAUACCCGCACGACUGCUCUCGACAUCUUAAUCAACGCCUUUCUAUCCCACCCAGACUCUACCCCAACAGUUCCGCAAACAAAACAGAUCAUCUCUCUAGGUGCAGGAACAGACACGAGAUACUUCAAGCUUCGUGCCCAGAAUAAACAUCGUCACAUUAUAUAUCACGAGUUCGAUUUUGUUUCCGUUUCUAUAACCAAGGAAAGAAUCAUGAAAAACAAUGGUCUGUUAUGGGAGGACGAGGGCGAAGCUUUUUUCAAAGCACUAGAAACUGUUCCAGGCUUUGGAGAACACGAGUCGGAAUGGGGCCUAGAACGAUCGAAAGACGGUAUCACGGAGACAACAUAUUGUUUCCAUCCUCUUGAUCUUCGACACCUCCUCAAAACUUCAAAACCGGUCCGAGGGCUGCGAACCGAUGUGCCAACUCUAAUAGUAUCUGAAUGCUGUCUAUGUUACCUUGAAGUCGAAACCUCACGAGAGGUGGUAAAAUGGUUUACAAGCAGAAUCCCCUCCAUCGGCCUUAUUCUUUACGAACCUAUUGGCCUAGAUGAUUCCUUUGGGCAAAUGAUGGUGUCAAAUCUGGCUGCUAGGAACAUUACUAUGCCUUCUUUGGAAGCAUACAAGACACUUCCAGAUCAAAAGGCUCGGUUAGCUCAGCUUGGGUUCACAAGUGAAGGGGGCGGUCAGGAAGCUGAGACCGUGGAACAAAUCUGGGAGAAGUGGAUUUCCAUACCCGAGAAAGAGCGAGUGGAUGCUUUAGAAGGUUUGGAUGAAGUUGAGGAAUGGCAGAUGCUUGCAAGGCAUUAUGCUAUUGCUUGGGGAUGGAGAGGAACGACAGGCUGGGAAGGGUUGGCCACUCUUCGAGCAUGAAAAACUCAACUCAGACAUUGAAAGUCAUUCAUUGUCUCGCUAUCAGAACCGAUUGGUCAGUCAUACCCGUGGUGCGGGAUUUUGACCUUCUAGAACCCCGGGCGAAUCCUUCAUAUGGAUUGUGCAACGAGUUCAAUGAAACCAUCCGCUGAAGAUGGAAAUUCCAUCCUCUCUGUAUGUAAGUUGAACCACAAGAAUCAAGGUGAACUAGG